AUGGCAAACGAACAGUUGAACGCCGCUGACAUUCUUGCAGUACUCUACUCUCGAGGCGACGGCGAAACCUUCCAUUGGACCAUUUGCCUCCCCAUCUCGACCCGCAACGCCAUCAAGCUACAUGCCAAAGACCCGGGAUUAGGACAUUGGUUUUUUGAAGAUCCCCCGCCCGAGGAUGAUCUCGUUGGCUCAAAUAUAGUGUGCGCUGCUGUCAAAAUAGGGAAACUAGCGGGAGAUUUCGACAUCGCGUCCGUGAAGACCAUACUACGAGCGAUUCCAAUGGAGGUUCCAGCUUCGGAUGCGGAAAUCGAGCCGAGGUUCUCGUGCAGAGUUUGGUUCAAGGAAGCCGUUCGACAACUCGCUUAUGCAGGUGUUAUUACAUGCACCGACGUAUGCGCCUUGGAGAACGAAUGCAGGGAAUACGCACGGCGGAAUGACGCAUCACAGGUAUCCUAUGUAGGAUAUACGUUCUAUGUCUCUCAGUACUCCUCGUGA